AUGGACAAGUAUAAAUACCGCGUGGAAAUCCAGCAAAUGAUGUUUGUUUCCGGUGAGAACAACGAUCCACCUGUGGAAACGACAAGUAUUAUAGAAGAUAUCGUUAGAGGGCAAGUAAUAGAGAUUUUGUUGCAAGCGAAUAAAACAUCACAUUCGAGGGGUGCUAAAAGUAUUCUACCGGACGAUGUAAUUUUUUUGAUUCGACAUGACAAGGCUAAAGUCAAUCGACUUCGGACUUAUUUAUCGUGGAAAGAUCUACGUAAAAAUGCCAAAGAUCAAGACGCUAACAGUGCAGCUGCCGCAGGCGGUGGAGCAGUGGAUCCGGGAGAAGCACAAUUGGAUGAUGAAGAAAAGAAAAACGACAAAGAUGGAGGGAAUAUGAUGCGAGUGAAAAAAUCGCAGAUUAAGUUACCUUGGGAAUUGCAAUUCAUGUUUAAUGAACAACCGCUCGAAACCAACGAUGACACAGACGAUUUGGACGAAGACGAACGUGAGGCGAAUCUAGCGACGUUGAAGAGACUGAAAAUGGCCGAUGACAGAACCCGAAACAUGACAAAAGAGGAAUACGUGCAUUGGUCAGACUGUCGGCAAGCGAGCUUUACGUUCAGAAAAGGUAAAAGAUUUCGAGAUUGGUCAGGUAUAUCUCAACUCACCGAGGGUAAACCGCACGAUGAUGUUAUUGACAUUUUAGGAUUUUUGACAUUCGAAAUAGUUUGUUCUUUAACCGAGACCGCUUUGAAAGUAAAGAAGAAAGAAGAGAUCCUGCAAAGUAAAAAGGACAAAUCCCAGCAAGCACAACCAGAUCUUGAUUUCGAGCCCAGAAAUAGGAAAAAAAGGCUUUUUGAUGGUCCAGAUACCGUUGUCAAUCCUCUUAAACCUAAACACAUCGAGGAAGCCUGGCGUCUUCUACAGGCCAUUGACAUGAAGCACAGAGCACUCACGAAUUUCAAAGGAGGCAGACUUACGUCGAGACCUGCCAUUAUGUAA